AUGGCGUCGGCGCCGGUGGAGUUCCUGGGCGGGAGGGAGGGCGGGGCCGGCGGGGAGGCGCUCUACUGCGCCAUCAUCCUCUGGCUCUCCGUCAUGUCGUGGAUCAUCUUCACCUGCGUCGGCGGCGACGACGGCGGCAGGCGCCGGAAGGGCCGCCGCGACACCAAGGUCUUCGUCGGCGCCGAGCGCAUGUGCGACGGCACCGGGCCCCACUGCAGCGGCGGAUACGGCCUCUGCGGCUCCUGCGUCGACUAG